GGGGCAUGCAGACCCCGCCUCGGAGGUGGGUGGGGAGCGGCAGGCUCCGCCUAGGCUCCUCGGCCGACUCCCGCCAGCGUCCCUGAGACUCUGGCUGGGAGCGAGCGAGCGCACGGAGCCAGCCGGGAAGGAUGCGGCGCCCGCGGCGGCCCGGGGGUCCCGGGGGUCCCGGGGGCUCCGGGGGCUCCGGGGGCCUCCGGCUGCUGGUCUGCCUGCUGCUGCUGAGCGGCCGCCCCGGGGGCUGCAGCGCCAUCAGUGCCCACGGCUGUCUGUUUGACCGCAGACUCUGCUCGCACCUGGAAGUCUGUAUUCAGGAUGGCUUAUUUGGACAGUGCCAGGCAGGAGUCGGGCAGGCACGGCCCCUUUUGCAAGUCACCUCCCCUGUUCUCCAGCGUUUACAAGGCGUGCUCCGGCAACUCAUGUCCCAAGGAUUGUCCUGGCACGAUGACCUCACCCAGCAUGUGAUUUCCCAGGAGAUGGAACGUAUUCCCAGGCUUCGUCCCCCAGAGCCCUAUCCGAGGGACAGGUCUGGUUUGAUGCCCAGGAGACCAGGCCCAGCUGGGGAGCUGUUUUCUCAGGGCAAUCCCACCGGCUCGUCUCCUGCUGCCCAGGGGCUCCCCCGGCCUCCGGGGGGUGGGAACGGAGCUGGGGCGGGCUCCCCACUGUCUUCUCUGCAGGCUGAUCUGUUGCCCCCUCUCUUGGAGCAUCUCCUAAUGCCCCCACAGCCUCCCCACCCUGCUCUGACGUAUGAACCCGCAUUGCUACAGCCUUACCUGUUCCACCAGUUUGGCUCCCGCGAUGGCUCCCGGAGCUCGGAGAGCUCCCCGGGGGUGGUUGGUGUUGGCCACCUGCCCAAGGCUGAAGUUCCUGCCCUCUUCAGCAGAAGUGCCUCCAAGGCCAUUUUGGGGGCUCAUUCUGGCCACUCCUUCGGGGACCUUCCAGGUCCCUCACCUGCUCAGCUUUUCCAGGACUCAGGGAUGCUCUACAUGGCCCAAGAGUUGCCAGUGCCUGGCAGGGCCAGGGUACCAAGGCUGCCAGAGCAAGGGGGCAGCAGCCGGGCAGAGGACUCCUCAGAGGGCUAUGAGGAGGAAGUACUAGGGGGUCGUGGGGAGAAGCCCUCUUCCCAAGCAGUACAGCCAGCAGAUGCAAGCCUGCAGAGAUUGGCUGCUGUCCUGGCGGGCUACGGAGUAGAGCUGCGUCAGCUGACCCCAGAGCAGCUUUCUACCCUGCUGAGCCUGCUGCAGUUACUGCCCAAGGGCACAGGAAGAAAUCUUGGAGGGGCUGGAAAUGUCGGAGCUGAUGUCAAGAAGACAGAUGAACAGAAAGGAGACACAGCAGAGCCUCGGCCCCCCACACCCUUGCUUCCUGGACAUCCCACUGCUGGCCCCACCUCCAAUGAAGUGCAGCAGAUGCUGAGCCCUGGCAUCAUCCCUGAGCCUCCUCCCCAAACAUCCCGUCCUCCCGGAGUCUCCUCUGUCCUCCUGGAGAAGAAAAGUCUCUUAAGCCAGAGCCAGCCCACGGUAUUGGGACAGCCUUCAGCUCGACCAUCAGCCGAGGAGUAUGGCUAUAUCGUCACUGACCAGAAACCCUUGAGUCUGGUGGCUGGAGUGAAGCUCCUGGAGAUCCUGGCGGAGCAUGUGCAUAUGUCCUCAGGCAGCUUCAUCAACAUCAGUGUGGUGGGGCCAGCUGUCACCUUCCGAAUCCGGCACAACGAACAGAACCUGUCUUUGGCGGAUGUGACCCAGCAAGCUGGGCUGGUGAAGUCUGAACUGGAAGCGCAGACAGGGCUCCAGAUUUUGCAGACAGGGGUGGGACAGAGGGAGGAGGCAGCUGCAGUCCUUCCCCGACAAGCCCAUGGCAUCUCUCCCAUGCGCUCAGUGCUGCUUACUCUGGUGGCCCUGGCAGGUGUCGCUGGGCUGCUAGUGGCUUUGGCGGUGGCCCUGUGUGCGCGCCAUCACUCGAGACGGCGGGAGAAGGAGCGCCUGGCAGCCCUGGGGCCCGAGGGGGCCCACGGUGACACUACUUUUGAGUACCAGGACCUGUGUCGCCAGCACAUGGCCACAAAGUCCCUGUUCAACCGGGCAGAGGGCCAGCCGGAGCCUUCGAGGGUGAGCAGUGUGUCCUCCCAGUUCAGUGACGCGGCCCAGGCCAGCCCCAGCUCCCACAGCAGCACACCGUCCUGGUGCGAGGAGCCUGCCCAGGCCAACAUGGACAUCUCCACGGGACACAUGAUUCUGGCAUACAUGGAGGAUCACCUUCGGAACCAGGACCGGUUGGCCAAGGAGUGGCAGGCCCUGUGUGCCUACCAAGCCGAGCCAAACACCUGCGCCAUCGCACAGAGCGAGGGCAACAUCAAGAAGAACCGCCAUCCCGACUUCCUGCCUUAUGACCAUGCCCGCAUCAAACUGAAAGCGGAGAGCAACCCUUCCCGGAGUGAUUACAUCAAUGCCAGCCCCAUCAUCGAACAUGACCCUCGGAUGCCAGCCUACAUAGCCACACAGGGGCCGCUGUCGCAUACCAUCUCGGACUUCUGGCAGAUGGUGUGGGAGAGUGGCUGUGCUGUUAUUGUCAUGCUGACCCCACUGGUGGAGGACGGUGUCAAACAGUGUGACCGGUACUGGCCAGACGAAGGAUCCUCCCUCUACCAUGUCUAUGAGGUGAACCUGGUGUCGGAGCACAUCUGGUGCGAGGACUUCCUGGUGCGGAGCUUCUACCUGAAGAACGUGCAGACCCAGGAGACGCGCACGCUCACGCAGUUCCACUUCCUCAGCUGGCCGGCAGAGGGCACUCCGGCCUCCACCCGGCCGCUGCUGGACUUCCGCAGGAAGGUGAACAAGUGCUACCGAGGCCGAUCCUGCCCCAUCAUAGUGCACUGCAGUGACGGCGCAGGAAGGACAGGCACCUACGUCCUCAUUGACAUGGUACUGAACCGCAUGGCAAAAGGAGUGAAGGAGAUUGACAUCGCUGCCACCCUGGAGCAUGUCCGUGACCAGCGACCCGGCCUUGUCCGCUCUAAGGACCAGUUUGAGUUUGCGCUGACAGCCGUGGCGGAGGAGGUGAAUGCCAUCCUCAAGGCCCUGCCCCAGUGAGCUCCCUGGGCACCUCCGUGGACACCCCGGCCUCUGCUCCUUCUGCCUGUGUGAGCAUUUGUGCCCCCAAACUCUUCAGCUCCUACCCGCCUGCCAUCUCGGCCCGUCUUGGGCAUGGUAGCCCUUCCCAGCCCGGUGUGGAAGGAAGUGGGGGAGAGAAGGGGCAGAUCCAUCCGGCUUCUUUCAUGUUAGACCCGAGGCAGCCCCUGGGAAACAGACAGCAGGCAGGCGGAGGAGUGGACACCAGCAGCGAGUGUGCCCGAGCCCCGUCCGACCUGAGUCUCUGUCUCCCUCUCCCCGUGGUUCUCGACGUCCCUAGCCAGUCUGCAUACCCCCCCCCCCGACUCCCGCCAGCCUGCAGUGUAUAGACAGACCAGGAACAGAGGGCCCCAGCUCCCCUAGCCCCUGCUACCGCUGGUCUGCCACCUUGAUCCCGUUCAGCCUUCCCCUUCUAGCACAAGAGAAACAUUUCUAGAAAGAUCUACUUUUGUAUCAAUGUGAAUAAAGCUAGCGUGUUGUCUGUGCAAGCUGCAACAUGGACA